GAAGUGGGUUUCCAGAAAACGUUACGACAUGUCUUUUGCUAAACGCAACCACAAGAUUUAAAGUUUGUUUUCCCCCCAGUAUUUGUACAAAACGGCCUCCCACCGUCGUGGCCAGUGUGCGCAUGAGCCAAGCGUGAGAGUCCCUCAGCUUCACCAACACAAGCGUUAAAACGCACAGGACUGAACGCCUCUAUCACGAUGGACAGUGAAUGGCUUUUAUUCCGCCAUAAAAGUACAAUUUAUGGACAUUCGAGAUGUUUUGUUCUUCUUCCUCUUUCUCCUCUUCUUCUUCCUUUUUUUUUUUUUUUUUUUUUUUGAAGAGGGAAAUGUGCAGGUGCCUACGGUUCAGCACUCUGGACAGCGCGCGCGAGUUGCGCCUAAUGUGACUUAUUAGGCUACUGUAAUUAUUUUGUCACAGAGGAAGAAUCAUGCAGCUGAUAACAUUCAUCACAAACUGGGGCAAAUACAUGGCAAGGAGACUUCUGAAGUGAGAAAUGGACUUUGCGGAAAUUCUAUUUGCUUUGUUCAUCGUUGUGGUUGCGAUUGUUUCUUUGUUGUCGAACUUACUGGUGUUGCUAUGUUUCAUCCACAGCAGCGAAAUACGCCGACAGGUGCCAGGGGUGUUCACCAUGAACUUGUCGUUUUGCAACAUACUGAUUUCUGUCCUGAACAUGCCGUCCACUUUCAUGGGGAUUGUAAAGCACCAGCAACCUUUUGGGGACUGCCUCUGUGGCACGCUCAGUUUUCUGGAAACCUUUCUGACAGCCAAUAGUAUGCUGAGCAUGGCAGCCCUCAGUAUAGACCGCUGGAUCGCUGUGGUUUUCCCGCUGAGUUACUCUAGCAAAAUGCGCUACCAGGACGCGUUGGUUAUGGUGUGUUAUUCGUGGCUUCACUCCUUCACUUUCUCUCUCAUCCCGGUGUUUUUCUCAUGGUUUGACUACAGUCCCAUUUACGCAUCCUGCACGUUGCAUUUGAGCGAGGAGAGCGCACGGAUUAAGUUUACUGUGUUCACCAUUGUCUUUCAUGCCACCAGCUUCAUGCUCUCGCUCCUGAUUUUGUGCGUUACAUACUUAAAGGUGUUAAAAGUUGCACGCUUUCACUGCAAGAGGAUUGAUAUUAUAACCAUGCAGACCCUCUUCUUACUGGUAGAUAUUCAUCCGAGUGUUAAGCAGCGCUGUCUUUCAGAACAAAAGAGGAGAAAACAGCGAGCUACUAAGAAGAUCAGCAUUUUCAUUGGCUCUUUCAUCAUCUGUUUCGCCCCUUAUGUUAUUACAAGGUUGACUGAGCUGCUUCCCUUUGUGGAUGUCAACCGACACUGGGGUAUUGUCAGCAAGUGUUUAACAUACAGCAAGGCAGCUUCAGAUCCUUUCGCCUAUUCCCUUCUGCGGCAGCAGUAUAAGAAGGUCUUGAUAACAGUGGCCAAUCGCCUGUUGAAGCGUGAUUUAAACCCUUCCUCUGGACACAGCAGCUCUAUGGACACAGAGAAUGACUACAGUCUUCAGAGAAUCAGCUAAUGGCACUUGCACAAUCAGGAAAAGCCAAAAGCCUUGAUAAAGGUGUGUGUGUGUGUGUUUAUGUGUCUGUGUCUGUGAAAGAAUAGGACUGCGUGGUCACAGUUGGCGGCUUUUGCAAUUCAGCGGCCUGUUUCAAAGAAACAGUUGGAGCCCCAAAAAAGACAUACAAGAAUAUUGUAUGCAAUGUGACUGCAAUAACUUUUUAAUUAUCUCUGUUAUAUUUAACAAUGUUAACUCAUAUUUCAUUCUUAAUAGUCUAUUUAUAAAUGCAUUCUAUGUACCACUAUCCACUAUCUAAAAACAAAAUCAACAUUCAAUCUUCGUUACUCUCUCAGCGAGCACCUUGGACAGCGUAAUUAAAAGUCCUUGAGAGCAAAGAAAUUAAAUCUAGAGAACAUGGAUUAGAUAAGUGAUUUAAUAGGAGUUAGUAAUACAAUAUGUAUACGAAUAAUCUACAUCAAAGGAAAAUAUUUUACACUUAGGCCUAUUCCGAUUUUGGCAUAUAGAUUUUGGCAUAUAGAACUUGGCUACAAGUUUAUGCUUAUUAUUCAGCGAUCUCAUAACGUUGUGUUGAAUUGACAUCUGGGCAAGUUUGGUCUGUCUUGCAGCAUGGUGGACCACAGGUAUUUUAUCAGCCAAAGGCGCAAGAUAUAAAUAUAUACAUAUAUAUAAGAAAUGAUUAUGGAAAAAAAAAUUAAAUGAAACUAAAACUGCCGGUAGGUUGCGGCAAAUCAUUGUCUUGACAUCAAUGAAUCAUUCAGCCAAAUGAAUUUCUCAAAACGGCUGAUUUAUUCAGGGACAAAGCAUGUGACUUUCUUUAUGAGUGAGUCAUUGAGUCAUUCUUUAAGGUGAUGAUACACGUGGCAACCUUUAGAGCAAUGUUGCUUGGGCACUUUCCUAAUGAGAAUGGGCAACAAAUUUCUAUCUGGAUACUUUAGAUCAAAAUUUGUUGCCCAUUCUCAAUGGGAAAGUGGCCAAGCAACAUCGCUCGACAACAUUGCCCGGUAACAUUGCUCAAAAAGUUGCCAUGUGUAUCAUCACCUUUGGACCAAUUUGUUCAAAUUCGUGCAUUGAUUCAGGAACGCAACAUCACUGUGUUGCUCAGAGAUGAGCAAUGGCAAUGUGGAUUUGUUUGGAGCUAUUUUUUUUUUAGUGAAAUAGAGCAAAAACAGAUGUUUUAAGUCUAAAAUUAAAGUCAUCUAAUAUUAAUUGAUUUAUUGAACUGUUGUAUAAAAUUACAUUUGCAAUCGUGCUGAUAUUCCAGAAAACAGCACUCUAUCCUGUUAUAAAUAUUAAAAACAAGAACUCAUACAGGGACAUUUUUUGCCCUAUAUAUCUCGAAUUUUGGGGGCAUUUUUAUUCAUUGUGGUGGUAUUUUUGCCCUAAGCAAGUGUUAAUAUCACACCACAUCUUGUUUACUUUCUUGUUAAAAGACUUUACACUCAAAAGCUGGUCACUGGACAGUGAUGCAUUUUGUUAUAUAUUAGUAAUUGACAGAACAGCCAAAGCUAAAAAUCUCUAUUAUUGAUUUCGGAGCUUUUAUAGCUUUUAACAUAAAUGAAUGUACUAGAUUCCUGUAACAGCUGUUAGUGCUAGUACAUUGUUCUAUUUGGUGGGAUGUUGCGAGUUGUUUUUAAAAAGUGACUUUGUUAAACUUUUGAUGUAGCUACUUUGCACAGUACAAGAAAUUAUAGUGUAUUUAUUUAUUUAUUUACAAUGAAUUCAGUUAAGCAGUUUACAGAGUACCAGAAUUUAAACUAAUGAAGUGCUUUAUACAGCUGUAUUAGUGCGCGAUUUGUUAACAUUUGUUGAAUUAAUUGUUUUGUGAAUAUGGUGCAAUAAAGAUAUCUAUAUGAAUAAUGAAAUGAGUAAACCUCUAAAUGGAAACAUGUACACUAUUUUACCAAAUUAAUAAGAAAAUUGAUUGAUUCGAUUUACUGUAUUUAAUCAAUGCUGUGCAUUUAUAUUAUUAUAUUUAUAUUAAUAUAUUAUAUUAUUUACAUUGCUUUUUUUUUUCUACAAGUGCAAUUUUAAAGAUGGAACUAGUUACUGACUUUAGGACUUUUUUUUGGGACCUCCAAAAAAUUUAUUUGAUCUUCAUGAUCUUCUGAUCAUUAAGAAACAAAUUACAAUAAGCUUACAAUAAGGUUUCAUUUGUUAACAUUACUUCAUGUAUUUACUAACAGUAACUAACAAUGAGCAAUACAUUUGUUACACUAUUUGUUAAUCUUUGUUAACAUUAGUUAAUAAUGUUCAUUGUUUGUUCAUGGUAGUUCACACUGCAUUAACUAAUGUUAACAAACACAACUUUUGAUUUUAAUAAUGUAUUAAUAAAUGCUGAAAUUAACAACAAAGAUGAAUACAUGCUGUAUUGUUCAUUAUUAGUUCAUGUUAACUUAACCAAUGUUAACAAAUGAACCCUUAUUGUAAGUGUUACCGAAAUAAUUAAUAAUUAAAGGGCAUACAAAAAUAAAGAUAUUUAGGGGGUUUGUACAUUUUAAAAUUAGGGAUAUUACUUUUAAUGUAAUUCUGUACCUGUAAAUAUCUGAAAACAGGAGAAGAGGGUAGUCCAAAUUUUUGUCUAAAUUGAGCAAAAAGCAAAUACAUUGUCAAUAUAUAAAUCCCCUGUGGAUAUAAUUCCUUUUUCUUUCCAUGAUAAAAAGGUUUUAUCUGUCUGUGAGGGGAAAUGCAUGAUUGCAGGCUAUUGGAGUAAGAGUGUGCAUUUGUGCACUUGUGUUAAAGACCCUUCUAAGAAGGGAGGAAUCCUGAAUAUCCUGCUCAAUGCAGGAGUGGAGGCAAUCAACUCCCCGGGAUAUGCACUCUGUAAACAUGUAACUGUAAAUAGUUCUCACUUUAGAUUAAAAUGGGAAAAUGUCAUUAAUUAAGUGGUUUAAACCAACCUUUACUAGACAUUAAUUGCUUUAAUAUUACAUUUUUAAUGAAUAUGAAGACUUCAGAUGCAAAAGCCUGAAAUUUUCUUCAAACCUCUAAAUGCCAUUUCUUCUAAAAUGAUCAUUUUUAUCAGGCUCCUAUGUUUAGGUUCAGUAAUUUCACUUUAAUGGCAAUCAAUAACUCUUUUUCAUUGCCAUUAAAGUGCAAUAACUGAACAUAAACAUAGGAGCCUGAUAAAAAAACGAAGUAGGAGCCUGAUUUAGAAGAAACGGUAUUUAGAGGUUUUAUAUACAUUUUUAUAUUUUAUCUUUAUACACAUAUUUCUGUGAUGGGUAGGUUUAGGGGUAGAGUUAGUGUAAGGGGAUAUAAUAUACAGUUUGUACAGAAUAUAAAUCAUUACGCCCAUGGAGAGUUCCCAUAAACAACAUAUGCAAACAUGUAUAUGUGUGUACAUGUGUGUUUUCAACAAUUUCAACUUUUCUCUUUUUGUAAGUAAAAUUAACACUGACUUCGAAAAAACAAUGAUUGUUUACCAUUGUUCCAGAUUCUUUUUUUUUUUUUUUUUUUUUUUUUUUUAAGGGGGGGAAGCAAGAGAACAAACUCAUUACUUAAAGGGAUAGUUCACCCAAAAAUGAAAAUUCUAUCAUUUACUCACCCUCAAGUUGUUCCAAACCUGCAUGAAUUUCUUUUUUCUUCUCAACACAAAUGUAGAUAUUUUAAAUAAUAUGGGUAACAAAACAGUUGAUGGGCCCCAGUGACUUCCAUAGUAUUAUUUUUUCCAAUAUAUGGAAGUCAAUGGGGACCAGCAACUGUUUGGUUUCCGACAUUCUUCAAAAUAUCUUCUUUUGUGUUCAGCAGAAGAAAGAAAUUCAUAAAGGUUUGGAACAACUUGAGGGUGAGUAAAUGAUGACAGCAUUUUCCUUUUUGGGUGAACUAAAUUCUAUUUUAAGAUGAGCUCUUGCUAAGAAAUGAAAUUUAAAUCUUCCUGCAGGGUACAAGGUAUCACCUCAGAUAGCUGGCUGUAUGAUGGAUUGCGCAAUGAAAAAUUAAUAUAUUAAUCAGAGAGGGGAAAAAAUAAUACAGCAGUAGAACAUUAAGAGGAGUUACUAGGCUAUGAUAAACUAGAAUGAUAAACUAAAUUUACAGAAAGCAUUAAGACAUGUUUAUUCAUUGUUUACACUUAUUUGGCAAUAAGAUUGUCAUAUAUCCCAAUUUAAGUCAUAAUUAAGUCAUAUAUUUUUAAUAAAGUCAUAUAUCACAGGCUCAACACAUUAACUUAAAAUUAAAUAAUCAGGCACACUUCAGCAUGCAAUUAGAAUUUUAAAACAUCUUCCCCCGGUUUCACAGACAAGGCUUAAGCUAGUCCUAGACUAAAAUGCAUGUUUGAGCUGUUUUAACUGAAAGCAACUUGUGCUGACAUAUCUUAAAAUAUGUCAGUGCCAUUGUUUUGUCUCAAGAUGCACACCAGUAAUGUUAUUUUCUAGUGUACAUUUAUAAAAUCUCCUUAAAUAUCCUAAUUGAACUAAGGCCUAAUCCUGGCUUAGGCUAAGCCCUGUUUGUGAAACCGAGCCAUUGUGUACAUAACUGCAGAGAGGAUAUUUGAAAAAAUAAAUACAUAAAUAAAACAAUGUAACGGGUGUAAUGCGUCACACCUAUAUGCUCGAUAUGUGUACGCACAGCUGCUGGAGAGAGGCGGCAGCACAUCAGGUAAGUGAACAAUCCACACAGACUUGUAUUCUGAUUAAAAUAAGAUUUAUAGGUCACACUUUAGAUUAGGGUCCAGUUCUCACUAUUAACUAACUAUUAACUGUGACUUUUGCAUCAAUAAAUUCCUAAUUACUGCUUAUUACAGUUUUUUCAAAUGCUAAGAAGCACCAGUCAAUACUAAAGCCACAUUUUCAAAACUCUUCACACAUUUAGCGAAACAGUAGUCAAUGAGGACCAAACUGUGAAUAUUUUUUCAUUGCUUUCACACAACAUGCAUUCAAUGACCACAUUUUCCAAAAUCCAUGAACACUUUUGUCAUUCAUACUUCACCAUCUGCAAAACACUGUAUAUUUGCAGCACAUUUUUCUAACACACUGCUUUCAAAACUGAUAAAAGCACAUUCAAAUCAGAAUGAUGGCAAACUCUGUGCAUAUCUGCAAUAAUUGUGCUGAAAUAUAAAAUCUUAGCAGAAUAUUUACAAUGUAAUUAAAUAAUAAUUAUUCCAAACACAACUAGCAAUUUCAGCUGACCCAGGCGUCCUAUUUUUAGUCUAUUUUCUUAAUGCAUCGUGUUUCCUUCUGGAGCAUCAGUGAAUGUUUGAACCUUUUUUAAUAGUUGUGUUUGAGUCCCUCAGUUGUCCUCAGUGUGAAAAGAUGGAUCACAAAAUCAUACAGUCGCUGCUGGAAAGGGUUCAAAUAUGCAAAAGAUGCUGGAAAAUCAAAGAAUUUGCAGGACCUGGAGGAUUUUUCUGAAGAACGUUGGGCAGUUUAACUGUUCUGGACAAACAAGGGAGUCAUGAAACACACACACACACACACACACACACACACACACACACAAGCCGUGGAUCAUCCUGAUAAUGACACAGAUUAUUAAAAAUCAAGGGUAUGUAAACUUUUAAUGGUAGUCAUUUUUAUAAAUUCAGCCCUUUUGUGGAUUAUAUGUAAACAUCUUUUAUGUAAAAUAUCUUAUUCAGGACAGAACUAAAUAAAUAAUAACAUGCAUUGUAUGAUUCCUCUUAUUUUGUUAAAAUAAUUAACAUUUUGCAGAUUCUGCAAGGGGUUCACAAACUUUCAAACAGCACUAUACAGUAUAUGAAGAGUUCUGUUGAAAAAAAACCUCUAAGUGCCAUCUGAAAUUUUAUUCCAAAAUGAUAAUUUUUGUCAGUAAACAUCUUUUAUGUAAAAUAUCUUAUUCAGUAUCAAUAUGACCUGUGCAUUGUCUUAAUAAAGCUUUUUAAUGUUUUUUUGAAACACUAAGACCUUUUCACUACUUUUCAAAUAGUAAAAAUGCAUUUGAACGUAUGUGAAGUUUCAGACAAUUUUCCAAAAUUAACUUAAUAUAAAAAUAAUAAUUUUGUAACUGACAAAGUCAGUUAUAAAUGAUGAAAUCCUUAAAAAAGGGUCAAAGGUCAGAUGUAGAAAACUUAUUUUGGAAAAUGAUUGUAGCUUUAAAUGUAAAAUAUAAAGUAAUUAUUAUUAUUUAUUUAUUUUUAGCUGUGAUUUGAUAAUGUUUCCUAAUUUCCGAGCUGUCUGUGUUUCUUGUAGUUUAUUUGUUCUAAUUUUAUUAUAGACUGUUUACUUAUCUUUAAUAUUGUUUGAAAUUAAUACGUUAUAUUUAUGUAGAAUUUUUCAUUUGCAUUGUUCUUGCAUUCCAUGUAAAAAGUCUAGCAAAUAAAACAAUUUUACUAGCCAAUGGUGACUCAAGCUUCAGUGUGUCCGUAGAAGGUUUGGAGUUUAUGCAAUUUAGAAGAAUAAACAAUUUUGUAUUUUCAUGAGGCUUAAAAGAAAUAUAUAAUUGAAUAGCAUCUGUAUAAUAAUAACAAACCCUUAAAUGUACUUACUAAAUGCCCAAGAGGCAGCAAAUAAAGUGCAAAAAGCCAUGGGUCCCAAAACAGAACCCUGGGGAACACCACAAGGCAGAGAUGCUGUUGAUGAGGCAUAAUUUUGAACUCUGGCUGAAAAAGACCUGUCUGAUAAGUAUGAAGAGAACCACUUUCCAGAGAUGCCAACACACUUUAUCCAGGACCUUAGCCAUCAAAGAUAACUUAGAAAUAGGUCUAUAAUUUUGGGGCAAAGACGGAUCAAGACUUGUUUUGAGAAAUGGUUGAACAACAGCUUGUUUGAAAUCCCUUGGAACAUGACUGGAACAUGACUAUUAAUUAUAGAAAGCACAUACAUUUUUUAAACAAAGCAGUGGGUACCACAUCCAGAGGACUUGAGAUUUUCAUAGAGUUAACCAGUUUGGUGAGAUCUUCUAAUGCAGGGGUGCCCAAUCCGGCUUCAGGUUUUUUUUUUAAGUGCGUCAGUAACUUCAAUAUCCUGCAUUUAUUGCAUUCAUUUAUUUUAUUUUUUUCCAUUUUCCCUUAAAAAUAUACAUUUCAAAUGUCAGAUUGUUAACUGUACAGUUAUUAAGCAUGUUACCAGUUUCUCUGAACAUCAUUAUUACCUGGUGAAGGCAACCUGAAGAAAAAUAUUAAUAUUCUCCAUUUUUAUGUUUUAACAUCUUAAUCAAAUUUUUCAUCAUAAAAAAAAUCAAUUUUAUAUUUUUGUAUAUUAUGAAAUGUCUAUUUAGUGUUUCUUUUCAUGAGCUGUUUUUCAAAGCUAUACUGUUGACUUGUGCUGAUCUUUUGUUCUUUCUGCAGAUGUGAGCAUGGGUUUCUAAAAGUUUCCACUAGCAAAUGUAAAUAACGAAGUGUUAAAGUACAUGAUAUUUUUUAGCCACGUCUACAGAGAAAAUGUGUACAUGGCCGAGGCAAAAGAAAUUUAUUCAGAUUUUUGAGUUAUAUUUCAGAUAUAAGAAGUUGAUUUCUGUUUGUUAUUUUCAUAUUAAUUCUCUUUAUUAAAUUUGUAAAAAUCAAUAUGUCUUGUUUAUUAUUUGAUCAUUUAUUAAUAAUAAUAAAAAAAAAAACGAUUUAAUCUUCUGACCUGGAUCUCCUCAUUGCAUCAUUACCGUAGUGCUUUGAAUCAAUAAUGGUUUAGGGAAACCUGCAGACUGACAAACAUUACUAGGCAGAAACUUCCAGGGAGGUGUGUUGAGGCAAGUUGGAGCUAAACUCUGCAGGACAGUGACCCUCCAGGACAGAGUUUGAUAACAUUAGAACAGAAGUGUCCAGAGAAAAAUUCUCUAGAGUUGUUGGCCUGGAGAUACAAGGUAUUUGAAAGGAAGGAGAAUGAGUAAUGUUAUCUUGUAUAUUGUUUAUCUUAGCCACAAAGAUGGAAAAUAAACUCUUGCACUCAUCAACUGAAAAAGACUUGAACAGCAGGUAAUGGAGGAGAGACGUUACUGAUGGUGUCAAACAUAAUUUUGGGAUUGUGUCUACUACUAGAUAUGUGACUUCAACAUUGCAUGUUUGGGAUCUGAUGACAGCUUAGCCUAGUAAUGUCUGUCAGUCUGCAAAUUUCAAUAAACCAUUACUGAUUCAAAGCGCUAAGGUAAUGAUGCAAUGAGGAGAUCCAGGUCAGAUGAUUAAAUCGAUGCAGUCUAACAAAUCAAAAGAAACUGGCAGCAAUGCUAGUACAGCAAACCAUAAAAGCAUCAGCAUAGAUUAAUUUUUACAAAGUGCUUCUGAUACCCCCAAACAGAAAUAAUGUAAUUUUUACUGAGGAUGGAUUAUGCCAAAUUCUUGUUUGAUAAGCAAAAAACAAUACUUCAAUUUUAAAAAUAUUUUCAAGCCUCUCAGAGCCCAAAAGAGAACUAUAAAAAGAGCAUCAGGGUUUAAAAAUAAAACAGUUGUUGUUCACUUCAGAUCUAAAAUACAAUCACAAAAACACAACUUUAAACUUUUAUUUAUACAAACAUAACCUUGCUGGUUUUACAAAAAAUUACUGAAGUAAAUAUUAGUAGUAAAGCUUUGCAUGUGUGAAUAAGGCAGUAAGGGUGUGUAUCAACAGAUGAAGAGAAAUUAAUUUAGAUAAUAUUUUACCUGAAUAACAAUAUUCAAAAAAUUCAAAAAAUAUUGGACAUGUAAAUAAACGACAAAAUUCAGAAUGUUUGAAAUUUUGGCACCUAAAUUAAAAAAAAAGCAACAAAAAACAAAAAAAAAA